AUGAGCACAUCUUUAGUAACGCUUGCCAGUGUUUUGGCUUCGGAUUGCACGCAUUACGCGGGGGACCCCAAUUUGCUCAAAGCUGACCGAUAUGCAGACCGCGUGAUGAAGUUACUGCAGUCUGAGCAAGCGGAUCUCCUUGCGGUGCGCGUUGCCAUUCAUGCACAGUUGAGGGAUGCUUUCAGGGACGACAGUGUUCAGAAGAUGUUGAGGCCAUACCUCCGCAGCGACGAAAACAUUGCCGACCUUAUUGAGGAUCCCAAAGCACGGGCCAAAUUCUUCAUGAAUAAGCAGCAGGAACUACAGGCCGUUGUGAUGGACAGUGCUGAGCAAGUGGCACUGAGAGACGCGCACCGCGAACUGGCAAUAUGGGAACGUGAAAAUGCAGUGCUGCUUCGCCACCAAAUGUUUAUGCCUUACAAACCCUCACUCGCGCUCCUAUUGGAGAGCGCUGCCACAAUUGCUCUCUACCGUCAGUAUGCCACUCUUGAAGAAGGACACUGCUCUAGCGACAGCAGUAGCGGGGAGGUACCGGAACAGCUCGUGAAGAUGGGAGGCGUGCCACUCUUCACAUUGAAAUCUGAACAGAAACCGUUCGAGGUGGACGAACACACAAAGAUGUAUUCCCAGCAGGUGCUACAAAACAAACGUGUAGAGUACGAAGAGAAGCGGGGGUUGGUAGCGCGUCACCGUAAGGCACUGGAGGAAUGCCCAUCGCUUUUCCGUUUGCAGGAGUUUAUCAACGUUCGCAAUGAAAUUAUGCGAAAAUUUGGUAUCGACCGGCUUGUGUCCCUUCGCGCACGCAGGGAUAAGGCACUGGCCGAACCAUUUGAGGGUGGUGAGGAUGUCAGCACGCGCGGCCUCCCUGCUGACAACGAAAUCGUCAAGAGUCGCCGCGUUGCGCAGUAUUCUUUGCCAAAAAUUGUUCAGCAAUGUCACAAGAACUACGUCACAAUUGUAGGGGGCGGGCCGUCAGACACAGAAGAGGGGGGAGUUCAAGUCUCCGGUGCCAUAGCAACCAAGAGUGCCGCAGGCCCGCUGAAGGACUUGGAGGUGUUCCGUUACUGGUUCCUUGCCUGCAUUACGGCAGAUGCGCCACAAAUCGGGCCCAACAAGCUCGUGGGGAAGACCUUUCCAACACUUGAAGAAUAUAAGAAGAUGUGGCAAGUCCAGAAGACCAGCUAUGUGCCGUCUCUCAACACAACUCAUAGGCAAAGCUUCGUGAAGAAUGUUGCAGAACAACGUGGGCUUCCGCACAUUGUCGUCCUCUCCCCGGUCACUUAUUCGUACAUGCAGAAUAACAGUCGAGACACCGUUGUGAAGGGAGAACUUGACAUGAUUGUUUACGACGCUACGAAUGAGAAGGUUCUUCUUAUGGUUGCUGACUCUCACGAUGACCGACGCCCGAGAACAGCGUUCUUAAAUGCACAAGAGGAGCGCUACCGUUUUGCAGCAGUCAUCCGCGCAGCGAUCGUAAAUGACAACGAACUUCAUGACUUUCAAUGUGAGGGUGUACUUGCUGAGUACUUUUUCGAUCCGGAUUCGGGGUCUGAAGAGAACUAUUACACAAUCAUGGCUCCAACCAAGAUCUCGCAGAAGGUAGGAACGAAAAUAAACGUCCCCUUAAAGGCUCUGCAACCCUUUACCACGUGCCCGCCGCGGUACUUUAUCCUCGGCUCCAACUGGGGCGUCAGCUCGGGAAAUAGCAAAAAUCCCCACGCCAUGUCUUUUUCCCACGCUAAGUUAAACGAAGAAGCCAUCUCCCUGCAGUCGCACAUCCCGGAGGGCUUCAUUAAGAAGAAUGUGAUGCCGAAGUUACUCUCGCGCAAAGAAGGACUGGAGUUGCUCGAGAACGCCAAAAGGCAACGUAUAAAGGAACAGCAGCUGCAGAAAUAUCAGCAGCAGCAGCAACAGCAACUCAACUCCGCGCGUCCAGCGGGAGGGGCCCAAUCCACUUCGCGGCUCACUCGUUCCGUAACGAAUACACCGCGCCCUACCAGUGACCUCGAAGCCGCUGCCGCAGCGGAGCUUCAGGAAGAGGAGAACGGCAUCUUGCCUGAGGAGGAGGAUCCGCUGGGUCCCGUCGUCCCCGAGGAUGUACUGCACCCUGUUCGCGAUCUUUUACUGAGCAAACGCUUCCUUCAACCAGAUUUUUUGCAGCGCCGCUCAAAGGACCCGGAGGUGCACCAGUUGCCCGCAACGAAGGAUGGGAAAAUACGGACACCACUGACUGUAUUUAACGAAUUGAUAAAAUCCCGUUUCGGAGAAGAACCACCAAAGGCCUCACCUCAAACGUUGGCGGGACGCCGCGGUAGCACAAGCAACAGUGGGAUUGCGGCACAGGGGCGAGCAUCGCCGUACACCCGUGCAGCUUCACUACAAAGCGAUAGACUGACUUCGAGGGCGCAACGCCGGCAAUAA